AUGGCCCAGACUCUCUUUUCUGUGCUUGCAGCCCUUUUAUCCCUCAACAUUGCCAAUCCCUUUCGUCAUGAUCGUAACAUUGUAGGUGCUCCGGUAAACACUACCAGCGGCCUCAUCAUUGGACAUGCUUCAAGGAACCGCUCUCAGGUCUCUGAGUAUCUCGGUAUACCUUAUGCUCAACCACCUUUGGGUGAACUUCGUUUUGCAGCGCCUCAACAGUACAGCUCAGACGACAUCUUCAAUGCUUCCUCCUUCUCGCCAGAUUGUCCUGCAAACCUACCUCCACCAUCGACCUAUCCCGGCUUGACAGCAUCCGGUCAACGCAUCUAUUUGAACUUUGCCGACCAGGUGGGAAAUCCUCAGAGUGAGGAUUGUUUGACUCUUAACAUCUGGACCAAAGCUACAACACAUAAAUCUCCAAAGGCGGUGCUGCUCUGGAUUCAUGGUGGAAGAUUCACUAUUCCUGGUACCCACAGUCUGUUCUACCAAGGUCAAUAUCUUGCCGAUCAGGAAGAUGUUAUCGUCGUCACCAUCAAUCACCGUGUCAAUAUCUUUGGCUACCCUGGUGCCCCAGGCGAAACCCAAAAUCUUGGACUGCUCGACCAUCGCAUGGCUGUCGAAUGGGUACGUGACAAUAUCGCAGGGUUUGGCGGUGAUUCGCAUCGCAUCACCUUGUUCGGCCAAAGCGCUGGUGGUGCUGCGACUGAUUUCUACGCUUAUGCUUGGAAGGAGGACCCGAUUGUCGCUGGCCUAGUCUCGCAUUCAGGUACAGCGCUUAGUUUCGAUCUCAAUUCGCCUGAUAUGUCGGCCAAGUAUUGGUAUAUAGCGGCAAGCAAUCUCGGCUGUGGCGAUUCAGGCGAUGUCAUGCCUUGUAUGCGCAGCAAGAAUGUCACUGAUAUUCUUAAAGCUGUGGCUAAGGUGCCCUUUCAGCCGACAAUAGCGCUUAACCAGCCAGUCUUCCAUCCUACUGUCGACAAUAAGACUGUGUUUGCUGACUAUGCUUCCCUGUCCGCCAGCGGCAGUUUCGCAAAGAUACCCUACGUGGCUGGCAACACCGAUUAUGAAGCAGGCUGGUACAAAUUAGCUGCUUGGGCAAGCAACAAGACUCUAACAGCUGCUCAAUGGGAUGACUUCAACCUCGCUGGCUUUACCUGUCCCACUGGCACUGAGACAGCGAAUCGCGCAAAGUACAAUGUGCCCACCUGGCGCUACAUCUACUUUGGCGAUUGGGAGAAUUUGCGCUUGUAUCCUGGAAGCGGCGCUUACCAUGGCACUGAACUCACCAUGAUCUUUGGAACAGCGGAAGAUGUCAGUGGGAUACCGAACACGGCGGCAGAGGAUGAGGUUUCGAGGUAUAUGACGAAGGCUUGGGCAACGUUUGCGCGUGAUCCUGUGAAAGGAUUAGAAGGAAUGGAGUGGCCGAAGUACGAGGCUGGUAAGAAGACUCUCGCGAGGUUGGCAUACGACAAAAUGACUACGCCGUCGUUCGUUGAUCCGAUGGUUUAUGAUGCAAAGUGUCCGGCGGUGAACGAUCCGAGUCCUGCUCAUGGUGCUUUCUGA